UUAUCUAUCUAGCACAGCACAGACAUCUCAGAAAAAAUGUGUCUGCGUCACUUUCUUUAAAGUCGACACUUUUUAAAAUUAUUAAUAAGAUCGACGUGUCAGUGUAGGAGUCGGUACCGUGCUUCAUAGUUAAUUCAGAGUGAAUUUAUUCAUUCUUCCAAAACAAUUGAUUUUUUGUUCUGGCUAUAAAAUGGUGGUUAAGGUGUUGUUUUCAGUUAGCAAAGGAGUUAUUAUCAGAGAGAGAAUUAUAGGUGGAAUUGGAAAUCAUGAUGGUUACUUUUGGUAGUUGCUGAAUUUAAUCCAUUCAAAGACUGCAUAUAUGAAUUUGGAAGCUAUUAAUUCUCAAGCCAAACCCUCAAGUGAGUUAUAUUAUAUUCUACCAGUUCUCUGAGUUGCAUUUAUUGUGUGAUUUAUGAUGCAACUAUACCAUUGGUCCAUCUCUAACUACCUUUAAUUGAAUGUUUAUGCGAAUCAGUAGUUGGAUUUCCUUGCUUGCCUGCCACUCUCGAUGUUCAAUACUAUUGCUAUUUCAGACCCUGUCUAGCUACUAUCUUGGCUAUUAAAUGUUCAAGUUUUCAAUGUUUCUGUGUAUACGACAAUGUUUUAAAAAACCACACUGGAUGUUCAAUGAAUUAAACUGUGAGUCAUUACCAUCUGCAUAGCUGGUUAUUUGAGCAGGUUGACAGUGGUUUUGUCCCGGUUUAAAGUCGUUAAACUGUGUUUUGUAGGUCUCACCAGUUCGAUGUCUAGUACAGUUUUGAAAACGCUGGUAUACAGUACUUUUUGUCAAAAUACUUCAUACUACGGUCAUUUUCUAUCUGUUUCAGUACUUGGUGUUAAUGAGGAUGGAUAAACUUGACUAUGAUAUGAUAUUUGUUGGCCAACCCUGUAUUUGUUCCUUCCAACCCUCUUUAUUAUGUUUACCGGUCACAAAAUCUUAUGUCAUGAAAAAUGGCUUCCUAUUUCUUUAGUAAGCAGGAAAUUGUUGAUCGACAUUCAUUUGUUUCGUGCAGCAUAGGAUAUAAACUGACAAAGGGUGUGCAGUUUUUGUUUUCUUCUUCUGAAUAACUGUUUGUCUGCAGGUAUUUUUUGGAUUAGUUCCUCCUGUGGAUCACUAUACCUUUUUAUUGAUGAUUGUACUAGGGACUUUUGAAGAUUUACCUUGUUAUUUAAUUCAGUGUAUGGAGUUGAAUAAAUGAAGUCACAGAUCAAAAUUGCUCUUGCUAUUAUUAUUAGUUUGCUCUGGAUUCAACACUCCUUUUGUGAUGAAGCAUCUGAUACAUCCAGUCUAAACAAGUGGAAAUGUAGAUGUGCUUCUUUCGAAGGAAACCAAAGCAACUUACUUGCUAAUUGUUCGAAAUCAUGUGAUUGCCAUUCAGAUUCUGAAGAGGAUGCAUCCAUAUGGACAUGCAUAUGUGGUCCCAAUGGAUUUCCCCAAGUGGCAGAAGAUGGUCAUAGCGCUAUGUGCUUUCAUGCUUGCAACUGCACCUGGGGAACUGUCAGCACAUCAUUAGGUUCAAAGAAACACAUUUCAAGCAAGGUUGUUGUAAUUGUCCUAUUAAUAUGUGUUAUAUGCACAACCAUUGCGUUGAUUACCACAAUUGUAUGCUACGUCUACCGAAGGAAGCAAUACUCUAUUCAAUCACCAAUAUUCUCAGUAGAUAAGGAAACAAGUAGUGGUAGUACCGCCAACCUAAUCAGUCACCGGACAGGAACUUCUUCAGUACCAGAAACAACAUUCUUCGUGAAUUCUCCUAUUUGUCAUAUCACGGGUUGCUUUAAGAAACCCUCUUUUUUGUUUGGGAGCCAAAAAGAAACUUUUCAUGGAAAUAUAAUUCAAUUUUCAUAUGGUGAACUGGAAAGUGCUACUGAUAACUUUUCAGCUACCAACCUUAUUGGACUAGGCGGAAGUAGUUAUGUAUACCGUGGUCGCCUGAGAGAUGGUAACAUUGUGGCAGUUAAGCGAUUAAAAGAUCAAGGAGGGCCAGAAGCAGACUCUGCAUUUUUCAAGGAGAUUGAAUUAAUAUCUCGACUUCAUCAUUGUCAUUUGGUGCCUUUGCUUGGAUACUGCUUAGAAUCGAAAGGAAAACACAUGCAGAGGUUACUAGUAUUUGAGUACUUGAUUAAUGGAAGUUUGAGGGACUGGUUAGACGGAGUUUCUGGAAAAUACCUGGAUUGGACUACUCGUGUUACGAUUGCAAUAGGAGCAGCAAGGGGCUUGGAAUAUCUCCAUGAAGCAGCUGCUCCAAGAAUUCUUCAUAGAGAUGUGAAAUCAACCAACAUUCUUCUGGAUGAAAAAUGGCAAGCAAAAAUAACCGAUCUUGGUAUGGCGAAAAACUUGAGAUCUGAUGACCUGCCAAGCGGUUCAGAUUCUCCAGCAAGAAUGCAAGGAACAUUUGGGUAUUUUGCACCCGAGUAUGCAAUUAUUGGUAGAGCCUCACUUGAAUCAGAUGUCUUCAGUUUUGGUGUGGUACUUCUUGAGCUUAUCAGUGGUCGACAUCCUAUUCAUAAAACUACCGGCAAAGAAGAAAGUCUUGUUAUAUGGGCUUCUCCUCGUUUACAGGAUAGCAGGCGAGUAAUAUCGGAGAUAGUUGAUCCACAAUUGAAAGGAAACUUCCCAGAAGAAGAGGUGCAUAUAAUGGCAUAUCUAGCAAAGGAAUGCUUGCUACUGGAUCCUGACACUCGACCAACUAUGAGCGAGGUUGUUCAAAUUCUUUCUAGUAUUUUACCAGGCAAGUCAAGGAGGAGAAGAAACAUUUCCACCAGCUUGUUUCAGGAACCAGAGGAUGUAGAAACAAAAAGGCAAGCUCAUUCCAGUGAAUUUCCAGCUCAUAAUUCAUCACCACUAGAUACCGAUUACAAUCCGAGUCUUGGAAACAAAAAUAGAGAAGAAGAUGCAGUUUCAGCUGAGUAUAUGGAAAGUUUGAUUCUCUUAGCAUCAAAAUCUAAUAGCUCGCAUUCAUCAGAAGAGGAAAUGGUAGACAUAACAGAGCCUCGGUUCGAAUCAUUUUGCAUGACAAAUGGCACUGUCACUUGAAAACACAAACCAUUAAUGCCAAUAUUUUUUUGUGCAUUGCUCAACGGGAUGCUGCAAUGAAUUAUGGUUGAGAUUAUGUUCUACAUUUGUUUCAGUUCUGUUUUGAAUUGAAAUGCACAUAGGUGGUGUUAUUAGAUUAUAAAGCAGAAAAAAUAUAUCAAAUGUAUUCUUGUACAGAAAAGCUUAGGAGGACUAUAGGUGCAACUGAUUCUGGUUCUUUUACUUGGAGAAGAAUCCAAUUUCAUUAUUUAACAUCCUAUAUUUUUUAGGAGGAAUAUACACAUGUUUCCUCUUUAGGAGUAUACUUGUAGGAGUUUGUACCAAUUCCUUCUCUUAAAGUGAUUUUUUUUACAGGACCUAAAUUAAGGAGCUCUUUACUUUAA